GGAGAAAGUCAGUUCGGCGAGUUCAAACUGUUCACUAUGAAUAUCGGUGACUUGAUAGCACCUUACGUUGGUCUUAAGCCUGGUGAGAAGCCACUGUUGGACUCUGUUCACCAGUCCACUAACGGAGUCACCAUCUUCAGAAUGAAUGUGAGACGCUUCCAGAUUCCAAGUCAUGAGGGCGCUUACACGGUAUAUUUCACUCGUGAAAAUUACAAUACCGCUGAACCAAUGCAAUCGGCUACAGCCAUAGCUGGCUUCUAUAAUGCAAAAUAUUUCUACGAAAUGGUGGACUACGCGAAAAUAAACAUGGCUGUUGGUGCGUUCAAAGAAGGGCUCAAAAUUGACGACGAAGGAAAAGAAUUUCCCUUAUUCAUAGCGCAUCGAUACGGUGGUGAGCCUGACGUGCAGCAUUCAUUAACAGUCGAACAGCUCUAUCAGGUUGCAACUGAACUGAGCAAAUUGCAUAUUUUCUGUUUCACUGACAAGAGUCCGGAAACACGCAGGACGUUGAACGAAAACCAUACGAUCAUUAAGAAAUUUCACAGCGACAAGUUCGCAAAUGAUUUAUUCAUCACUCUGAGGGCAUUCACAAAUGAAUUUGCGAGAUUCUUCAAGAAACCAGCGAAAAUACCCGAAAUGAUCGGUUCACUUUAUAAAGAUGCUGAUGAUCUGGGCUAUGUGAACCUUUUGUCCGAACAACUCUGGCAACCACAAGUGCUUUGUCACGGAGAGUUAACUGCCGAUAAGCUGGUUUUCGACAACAAUGGCAAACUUCUGGAAAUCAGGGACUGGGAUAGCGUUCACUAUGGGAGUAUAGCGGAGGAUUUAUCAUUUCUCAUCAUCACUUCUUCAUCGACCGAUAUUCGUCGAAAUCACUUCAUGAGUGUUUUUCGUCAUUACUAUUACCCACUUGUUGGCCACGUGAGAACAUCCUUCAAACUUGUUGCACUGAAAGAAUCGUUCAGAAAAUUGCACAAAUUCGCCGUUCUCUCAAGUAUGCCCCUGCUGAUGAGAGCACUCGUUUCUGAGAUCAGCGAUCAACAGAAAGAGGAACGUGCUCAGCGAUGGGAAUCUGCAGUUGAGGAUACGUUGGAUUUCGAGCGUGCGGACUACGAGAGCGAUAACGAAGACGCUUUCUUUAGCAAAUGA